UUUAAUAAUUAUUAAAAAUUUCCCCUCAAUUUAAUAAAACAUUAAAACAACAAACAUUCAUUCUAAUCAAACAAAUUUAUUAAAAACUCAUCCGAUUUUCCAUAUCGUCUGCUCCGCCGCCGAUCAUACGCGCAAACUCCAUCAAAAUGGCGACCAUUCUCUAUAUACGAAAGAGAAUUUUUUUCGUUCGCGCGCGCUUGUGGUGGUACUCGUGGCGCUCGAACCAACCAUCAUCAUGAUGAUGAUGAUGGAGGUCCGGACUACCGUUCCACUAAGGCGAUCGAUACGGGGAAUCGAGCGGGGUGACAUGGCCGCUUCUGUCGUGCGUCUUGUUCGUUCACCUCUUCCCCGCAUGUUAUUACCAUUAUUGUUCGACAAUUUUGACGCGUAGACAUUUUAAAUAACACAUCAAUGUUAAUAGUGACCGCGCGCAAUUGACUUUUUUUUAUUUCGCGCACCAGGUGAAUUGAAAAAAAAAAAAAAACACGCACUAUUUUAAGUUGUGUGUAUAUAUAUAUGUGUGUGUGUGGUGAUAACUGUGACACAAUAUGACAAUCAGGGCGUGGUGUAGAAAUAAUUUUAAUUUUCAAAAAAAAUAAAUUAAAAAAUUCUCUUUUUUUCUCUCCACCUCUUUGAGAUCAAAAGUUGAGGUGAUCCGCUGCACACGACGACGACGAGACAGAAACAACAAACCAAAGGUGAAAGUGAUGUAAAUGAAGAAAACAAGACUCUUGAAGUUCGCUUCAUUGAAAAAUUGGCUAGUGAUUGAUAAGAGGGAAAUUUUUUUUUUUUUUUUUAUUUGAAUCCUAAGUUUUGAAAAAAAAACUUGGGAAACUAAAAGUUUCUUUGCUGAAAAACAAAAAAAUUGGAGGGACAAAAAUAUAUUCAUCAAAAUUGAUAGUGACGAGAGAAGCGACGAGAUGACUUCAAUACACAGUACUGAGAUUGAAAGACAGGAGAGAAUCACCGAUGACGAUGACGAUGAUCAAACGAGCGGUUCCGAAGCAUACGAGGAGGGCGAUCUUUUAUCAGCGGCAAUGGAUGAUGAUGUUACGGCCCAACUCGCCGCUGCAGGUUGGCAAAUCAAACACGCUAAUGGACCCAUUGGAGUUGCCGCGGCGGCCGCAAUUGUUUCCGCUAAAAAACGAAAGAGACCUCAUAGUUUCGAGACAAAUCCCAGUAUUCGAAAAAGACAACAAAACAGACUUCUCAGGAAGCUGAGACAAACAAUAGAUGAAUUUGCAACGAGAGUUGGACAACAGGCAAUUGUAUUGGUGGCAACACCUGGUAAGCCAAAUAGUAGUUACAAAGUGUUUGGUGCAAAACCAUUGGAGGAUGUUGUGAAAAAUUUGCGUAAUGCAAUAAUGGAGGAAUUGGAAAAUGCCCUCGCACAACAAGCGCCACCGCCUGUUCAAGACGAUCCAUCGCUCUAUGAAUUGCCACCGUUAAUUAUCGAUGGUAUACCAACGCCAGUUGAAAAAAUGACACAAGCACAAUUACGGGCGUUCAUUCCGUUAAUGUUGAAAUAUUCAACGGGCCGAGGUAAACCAGGAUGGGGACGAGAAAGCACAAGACCGCCAUGGUGGCCCAAGGAAUUACCAUGGGCGAAUGUUCGAAUGGACGCGCGAUCCGAGGAUGAAAAACAAAAGAUAUCAUGGACACAUGCGCUUAGGCAGAUAGUGAUAAAUUGCUAUAAAUUCCAUGGAAGGGAGGACCUUUUGCCGGCGUUUAGCGAUGACGAUGAUAAAUCGAAUGUAUUAUUGCAUCAAACGGUAGCGCAAACAUCAUCGCAAGGGCAAGGACAAUCGCAACAUCAGACGGUGGGAGUUGUUCGACUCAGCAGCACGGGUUCAUCUAAGGGAAACUGCUCGCCACCGCAAAUCAUUGCCGCGUCACCCACAUCUCUUGCCACUGCCACUCAGUUGCAGUAUCCAACGACAGUGCUUCAAACGAUAACCAAUCCAGAUGGAACUGUUUCCCUUAUUCAAGUUGAUCCAAGCAAUCCAAUCAUCACAUUACCUGAUGGAACCACCGCUCAGGUUCAAGGCGUUGCAACGAUACACACGAGUCAAGGAGAGGUUCAAACAUUGGCGGAAGUUACCGGUGGAGCUGAAGGCACAGUUUCCGUUGAUUUGAACAGUGUGACGGAAGCAACAUUGGGACAGGAUGGACAAAUUAUUCUCACCGGCGAAGAUGGACAUGGAUAUCCAGUGUCAGUUUCUGGCGUCAUCACUGUACCAGUUUCCGCCAGUAUGUAUCAAACAAUGGUGGCAAAUAUUCAAAGCGAUGGCACCAUGCAAGUUGUCACGCCAAUGGUUCAAGUACCAAAAAUUGAGCCAGGCAAUAAUGAGGCGAGCAUUGAGGCUGUCACGAUACAAGGUCAUCCAAUGACAAUGAUAAAUGCCAACGGUGAACAUCAAGUUCUUCAGGUGAUUUCACUUAAGGACGCCAAUGUUCUUACCAAGGCAAUGCAAGGUGAAAUCAUCAAAGACGAGGAUAGUCAACAACAACAAAUUGUCUCCAGUCCAGAGUAAAAAAAAGAAAAAGAAAAAAAAGAAAAAAAAAGAGAGAGAAAGGAAAAAUCUCAAGAGGCUCUUCGAAUUCUCCUCUUGUUUAACCCUCUUUAACGCAUUUGCAACGUUUAUUAAACGUUAUUUUAUUUCUAUUUCA